CCUGCUUAGCUUCAGCAAGGAUGCCAUGAUAUGUGCCUUCCACCUGUAUACCAGGAUCCAUUCAAGAGAGGGAGAAGAAAAGCCCUGAUGGUAUUUUCUUGUGAAUUCUGCUCCUGAGUAAUUCCUCAGCAUCAGGGAUGAGUCAAAAAAUGAAGCUAUUGCAGCUGCUCUAAGUUGAUCUUGUUUUGGAGACUUGUUUUGGAGGCUGCACAGUCAUACUUUCUGUAUGGAGGACACAUGGAAGCAGAUCGAGUGUCAUCUAUGGAGGAUUGCUUGCAAGGAGAUCGGAAAUCCUGAAAUUCUUUGCAUUUUCUUUUCUGGCAUCUGAGUUGCCAGUGCUUGAAUUCCCAAAGGCCUGACCUCUUGUGCGUUAACUUUCACCAGCGAAGCACCUUGAUUUGUCUCAAAAGCAAUGAGGCGUGAUAGACCCCAAGAGAGGGCAGCCAGCUGGCCAGCCGAGCACAUCAAAGUACUCCUUGCCCUGUGGACUGAGGCGGCAGUGACUCACGAUCUUAGCUCCCACGGGAGGAACCGUGCUGUGUAUGAUGGCAUUUCCCAGCGUCUUGCAGAAAUGGGCAUUUACCGGACUGGGGAUCAAUGCCGGGAGAAAAUGAAAGGUCUGAAAGUGGCCUACCGCAAAGCCAAAGAAAACAACUCAGUGGGGCGGCCACCCAUCAAGUGUCCAUUCUAUGAUGAGAUAGACCAGAUAAUGACACAGUACAUCAACUGCAGGCCUGGCUUUCCCUCAGAGGCUAGUGAAGGAUCCAACACCAUUGUAGACAGGCAGGAAGGACUCCCUAUCUCUGAACCCUGGGGGUCCCAGUCUGGCAUCUCUGAACGCUGGGGGUCCCAAGUCUCUGGACACUGGCUGUCACAGACUGCUGCCUCUGAAAGUCAAGGGACAGAUGAAUUCAGCUAUGUCCAGGCAGAGUCUCAAGAUGCCUUUGGUGAGAUCCAAGUCAUCCCGGUCCAAGUGAAGGAAGAGGAAUCAGAGGAUGAAAUAUCACCUGAGCUUGAUGUGGCCUCCCCUAUAGUGAUGGAACCACAACCUACACCAAGGCAUCUCAUCUCCAUGCUUGACCAGCGUCCUCACCUUCGAACCCGGAAGCAAAAGGCUCAGGGAGAGGGGCAGUCAAGCUAUCAGAGGGGUGCGAGCCAGAAGUACAACCGUUCCCAUCAUCUGGAGCUGCAGAGAAUGCAGAGACAGGUGGCCAGCCAAGCAGAGGAGAAGCAGAGUUUAGCAGAGUUCAUCCAGCAUGACAGGGAGAUGCGCCGGGAGGACAGGGAGUUCCAAGCCCAGCUCUUUGAGAAACUUUUCCAGAAGCAAACAGAGCUUGUCCAGGCCCUGUCGCAGAGAGCUCCUGUCAGCCCUACCUCUACUGCCUGUAACAAUGCCCUGCAGACCUUGCUAGUGUCUGCAAAGAACGGAGCAGGAGCAGCUGCAGGCUCUGGUUCCCAGCUGCAGGCUUUGUUAGAACAGAUAAUGCAGGCUGAAAUAUCAGGGAAGGGUCUGACCAGGCUUGCUGUGAAGGAGGCCCUUGGAGGAGCUGUGAAAGUGCCUCCUGAGGCACAGUACUGGACUGCUGAAGAGAUCCUCAGAUGGCUGCUUUCUCAGCAAUCGCCUGGCGACCAGAGUCAAGAGGUGCUAGUGACCUCCAGACCAUCUCCUGCCAUGGUACAAGCAGGGACAGAGCCUGGCAAAAGCCAUAACAAAGCCCAGCAGCUCUGUGGCAACAACUACACCGAAGCGACGGAAACUGAUGCAGACACUGAAACACAGCGCCAGUGUUUCAGGCAGUUCUGCUACCAGGAUGCCUGUGGGCCCCAAGAAGUUUAUAGGUGCCUGUGGGACCUUUCGCAUCAGUGGCUGAGGCCAGAGGUCCGCACCAAAGAGCAGAUCAUGGAGUUGCUGGUGGUUGAGCAAUUUUUGAAUAUCUUACCGGAGGAAAUCCAAACCUUGGUACGUGAGUGUCAGCCAGAAAAUGGCAAGGAGGCGGUGGCCCUGGCAGAGAGGUUCCAGCUUCACUUUGAGUCCAAGAGGCAACGGGACCAGACACGAGUGACAUCAGAGGACAUGGCUACAGUUUCUUCCCGGGGAAAAUGGGAUGAGAAUGAAACACGAGCAUACGCCAAAGAUAGCCAAGAGAACCCCAGGAGGACCGGCUUACUUGGUACAGAAGCGCACCUUCGACUGAGGAAGAGGCCAAAGUCAGGUCCAAGGGAAUGGAUUGCAUCCAAGCAAGGUGGUGAACAGGAAGAUGCAACAGCAAAACAAAGGAAGCUGGAUCGUAGCUUAGAGGAGCAGGAGACAACUGAGGCUGUGGAGAGAGCAAACCACAGGCCAACUCCUGUGCGAGGAAAGCAUGAUGGGAAAGUCAAAGGGCAAGAAAGAUCAGGGCGUGCUGCUGCUGUGGCUGGGGAGAGUCCAGCGGAGGGGGGAGCGAAGGUAGAGGGCAGUGGCAGGGUUUCAGACUCUCUGAAUGGGGCUUCUCGUGCCUUGCGCAUGCGGAAGACACCAGUGAGUCUUCUGCCAUCUCAGCUGACUUUUGACAAGGAUGAUGCUGCAUCCAGCCCUCAGCAUAGGAAUGACAGCCGCACAUCUCCUGAGGCAGAUGGACCUUCCCUCAGUGACAGCAUCGACUUGCUGGAUUCUCCAUGGAGUGGAAACGGCAGUGGUGACACAACCCACGAUGGGCCCUCUGAUUCCAGGGUGCCACCAUCCUGUGCUGACUGUGCUGUGUUGAAAGCUGAACUGGACACCGUCCGUGAGGAGCUCAGGAUAACCCAAGCUUCCAUGCUCUAUGGACUAAGUGGAACCUCCCUACAAGACUUAUCAGAGGCUCUUGGUACUAUUGUGCACAUCCUCAACAACAGGAGACCUUCAUCAGCAACAAAUGCAUCCCAGAAAGAAAUCCCCAAUAGGCCAGUAUGGCAGGAAAGAAAUUGUUUCUGAACCAUCAAAUGACCUGAACUUUACCCCAACACCAAGACAACCAAGAAAUUCAUCGGCAAUAGUGACAGCAUUAGGAUGGAGGCCUGAAUUUAAACAACAAUGUCCUCAGCUCCUGUUGUCUAAGUCCCGCAACUGGCCUUGCUACAUUCAUUAUCUCCCCCCUCCCCCUUAGAGCCUCAUGUAAGUUACUCAGGCUGCAGCAAGACGUAGAAGCUCUGGAGCUGAUGCUCUUUGCCUGCAGUGAUGCAGGCGCCGACAGUCAUGAUUUCGUUUGCCUUUUUAAUGUUAAACUAGGAUUUAUUUGGUUUUGAUUUUUUUAUACAGUAGUAGUAGUUUCUUCCUGCUUGGACCUAAAUAAAGCA